CAUUCCUUCUCUUCCUUUGUAUGCAUCUGCUAACAAAGCUGUCACCUUUUUCUUCAUUUUUCUUUGCUCUGCUAUAAAUAGCACACACAGUUGGAGUUAGUUAUUACUUCCUUUGAAGUUGAGAUGACGCAGCAGAAUGUGGUAGUGUCUGACACCAAAUCUGGGGUUGCCGUGUCUGUUUUCCCACCAACAGCACAAAAGCCACCAGCAGCACAAGGUGGGUACAUUUCCAUUUCAAGGAGGAGGAUUUUCAAGAACCUUGAAAUCAAUGGAGGACAAAGAAUUAACGCAUGGGUUGAGUCCAUGAGAGCCUCUUCUCCAACCCAUCUUAAAUCAACACCUUCUUUAGCUGAAGAGCAAAGCUCUUGGAUUCUUCACCACCCGUCAGCAUUAGACAUGUUUGACCAAAUUGUGGAUGCAUCAAAGGGAAAGCAAAUUGUCAUGUUUCUGGACUAUGAUGGAACGCUGUCCCCUAUAGUUGAAGACCCUGACCGUGCUUUCAUGUCUGAUUCGAUGAGAAAAACAGUGAGGAAACUUGCAAGGUGUUUUCCUACUGCUAUUGUGACUGGCAGAUGCAAAGACAAGGUAUACAAUUUUGUUCGGUUGGCAGAGCUAUAUUAUGCUGGAAGCCAUGGCAUGGAUAUUAAAGGGCCAACAAGAAGCUCCAAAAACAAAUAUAGUAAAGCUGAGGCAGUUCUUUUUCAACCAGCCAGUGAAUUUCUUCCCAUGAUAGAUGAGGUGUACCAACAAUUGGUUGAUAAGACAAAAUCAACCCCUGGAGCCAAGGUUGAGAACAACAAGUUCUGUGUCUCUGUUCAUUUUCGUUGUGUUGAUGAAAAGAAAUGGAGUGAACUGGCACGCCAAGUGAAAUCAGUGUUAAAAGACUACCCAAAGCUUCGUCUUACCCAAGGAAGAAAGGUGUUAGAGAUCCGUCCUACAAUUAAAUGGGACAAAGGGAAAGCCCUCGAAUUUUUAUUAGAGUCACUCGGAUUUGCCAACUGUAGUGAUGUCUUUCCUGUUUAUAUUGGUGAUGAUCGAUCCGAUGAAGAUGCGUUCAAGAAAUUAAGAGACAGGGGACAAGGUUUUGGCAUUCUUGUGUCGAAAUUUCCAAAAGACACAAGUGCAUCUUACUCUUUACAAGAACCCAAUGAGGUUAUGGACUUUCUUCAACGCUUGGUGGAGUGGAAACGUGUAUCCCUGCGAGCACGUUCCAGGGUGUAAAUGAAUAGAGAUAAAAUGACAAGUACAACCCUACCGUGCCACAAAAAUGAAGUUCAGCUUUGGUAGAAUAUAGGACAUUUUGUAUUCUUUCUUCAGGUCAGAAGAAAGAACAAAUAUGUAUGGAAAUAGAAAGACAAAAGUGUCUUUCUUAGUUUGAAGGACGUCUACAUUCAUGUAAUUAGCCAAGUAGUACGUAGUACAAGGGAAAAGUUUAUG